AUGGUGAGGGAGAGGAAGCGGCAGCGGCGGGUGAUGGAGAGUGUGGCACGUGCGCUGAUUGUGCUCAGGGGCAAGGCUAAGAAGGGGCAGGAGCACGUACCCGGUGGCAGACAGUGUGCAAGGCGGUGCAGGACGUGCAAGCGCUGCCCUCCCUCCCAAAAGAUUUACCCGGUGGCAGACAGUGUUGUGAAGGCAGUGCAGGACGUGCAGGCGCUGCCCUUUCUCACGAACGCCUACUCCCUACCCCCUUCCUACUCCCUCGUUCACCCACCAGACCCGGUGGCAGACAGUGUGGUGAAGGCGGUGCAGGACGUGCAGGCGCUCCCCACUCUCAUGGACGCGCAGCACGUGGCGGCCGUCGACGCCUUCCUGCAGCGCCCCCUCGCCGCCCACGCCUUCCAGGCCAUGCGCCCCGCCCUGCAGACCCUCUUUGCUUUGCGCGCUCACGCCCUGUCCGUUGACCAGCAGCUGGCCGGGAUUCAGGCCGCUGCUGCUGCUGGGGGGGAUGGGGCCCUCACAGACCAGCUCCUCGCCCCGCUGCAGGGAGCUGCUGGAGUGGGGGGGGUGGGAGUAGCAGGGUUGGGAAUAGCAGGGGUGGGAACAGGAGGGGUGGGAACAGGAGGGGUGGGAACAGGAGGGGUGGGAACAGGAGGGGUGGGAACAGGAGGGGUGGGAACAGGAGGGGUGGGAAUAGGAGGGGUGGGAAUAGGAGGGGUGGGAACAGGAGGGGUGGGAAAAGGAGGGGUGGGAACAGGAGGGAUGGGAACAGGAGGGAUGGGAUUAGCAGGGGUGGGAACAGGAGGGGUGGGAACAGGAGGGGUGGGAACAGGAGGGGUGGGAACAGGAGGGUGGGAACAGGAGGGGUGGGAACAGGGAGGGGGUUUGGGGACGGUGGGGCAAAUGGGAGCAGUGGGAGGUGGGAGUGUGGGUAUAGGAAUGGCAGCAGCAGCAGUAGCAGCGGCCUCAGCAGGAGGAGCGAGGGGUCUACAGGGUGUAGGCGGGGUGGGAGGAGGAAGAGGGGUGGGAGGGGGAGGAGGGGUAGGAGGGGAAGAGGGAGUAGGAGGAGCAGCUGGGGCUGCAGGAGCAGGUGGGUUGGGUGGCACAAGUGCGUUGGGCGGCACAGGUGGGUUGGGUGCCCCAGGUGGGAUGGGCGGCACACAAGGGGCGGGCGGCAUGGCAGGGCUGCAGCUGCUGGGGCAUCGCGUGCAGGAGUUUCUGCGACAGAACCUGGGAGCAGUCAACGCCAGUCAAGGGGCGGUGGUCAAUGGAAUUCAAUGCGAGUGCCCUGAGUGUGUGGCUGCUAGAAUGCGUCAAGGCACAGUCAACGCAAGUCAACAGAUGGCCAGCACAGGUCAACAGGCAGUCAAUGCUGGUCAAGGGGCAGUCAAUGCAGGUCAAGGGGCAGUCAAUGCAAGUCAAGGAUGGGUGGCUGUGGUGGUCAAUGAGAAUCAAUGCGAGUGCCCUGAGUGUGUGGCUGCUAAACUGGCGGCCAGUAUACGUCAAAGAGCUGUCAAUGGGAGUCAACCAGUGGUCAACGCGGGUCAAGCAGCAGUCAACGCGAGUCAACCAAUGGUCAAUGCGGAUCCGAGGAGGGGAGUGGCAGCGAAUCAGGCGGAGACAGCUGUCGGCCAAUCAGAAUUAGGUGCAGGUCGUGUGGGGACGACUGCUGUGCUACAGACAAGAAAUGCUGGUCAAGCAUCAGUCAACGCUGGUCAACCAUCAGUCAACGCUGGUCAAGAAACAAGAAUUGCCAAUCAAGGAGCAGUCAAUGCAGGUCAAGGGGCGGUCAAUGCAGGUCAAGGUGGGGGGUUGAGUAGUGAGGAAGAGUUGCUUUCAGGUGAGAAUCUGUGUGCUGGAUGGGACACGAGUGAGGGCCAGGAGUUGAGUGAGGGGGAGGAGUUGAGUGAGGGAAGGGGAAUUGUGUGUGUGAGGGACAAUGGAGCUAUUGCAUUUGAAGGGGGGGCACUUGAGUAUGAGGGAUGGUGGCACGUCUGA